AUGUACACAGCUGAUUUUAAGUACAGCUCCCAUCACUGUCACUUGCAGAAAUUCUCAGACGACACCGCCAUUGUUGGUUGUGUGUCCGGGGAGAAUGAGCAGGAAUACAGGGGGGUCAUCACUGACUUUGUGAACUGGCGUGAGGAAAACCACUUGCUACUGAACACCAGUAAGACAAAGGAGCUGGUGCUCGACUUCAGAAGGAACGCUUCAGUGCAUACUCCUUUAUUUUUCUCUUCCAAAGCACCUGCUGAAAUAAGAAUUGUGCUGCUGGGAAAAACAGGAUCAGGGAAGAGCAGCGCAGGAAAUGUCAUCCUGGGGGAAGAGAAGUUUAAAGCUGAGUCUUCACCUAACAGUGUUUCAACAGAUUGUCAAACAGAGGAAGGAAACUUAAAUGGCAGGAAGAUUACAGUAACCGACACACCAGGGAUAUUUGACACUGAGAAGCCUGAAAAAGAUCUGAAGCAUUCCAUAAUAUCCUGCCUCACUGAGUGUGCUCCUGGUCCACACGUCUUCAUCUUAGUAAUGAGAGUGGGAAGAUACACCAAAGAGGAGAAAGACUCUGUGAAGAUGAUACUGCAGAAUUUUGGGGAGGAAGCCCUGAAACACACAGUUGUCCUCUUCACACAUGGUGAAGAUCUUGGAAAAAAAAUGACCAUCGAAGAAUUUGCAGAGAAGAACAAGGAUCUGAAGGCACUUGUUGAUAAGUGUGGAGGUCGAGUUCAUGUCAUUGACUCUACGCACUGGAAUAAAAAAGUCAAUGGUCAAGAUGGUCAAUGUGAAGAUCUUCCAAAAGAAAUGAUAAAACAGAAGAGAGCAGCUGGGGAAUUACAGGCUGUACAGGCACCGGAAAAAAUUAAUAACCUACGGUUCAGAUUCAGAUUAAAACAAAGAUCAUCAACACCUGAUAAAGACCCAAGCCAAGGGUCAGGAAGACCCUCCAGCUCUGGUGGAAACCUGGGUGGGUCAGAGUACAGAAGCAACAGCUUUCAGAUUAAUCAGCUUCUGACAACCAUAGACACCAUUGUGAGAGAAAAUGGAGACCGUCAUUACACUAAUGAAACACUUCAGGCAACAGCAAAAGCUACAAAAAUUGAGGAGAAUAGGAUAAAAGAAGAGCUGAAUGAGAGAGGAGAGAAAGCAGAGGAGUACGAGAUCAAGAAACAAGCAAGAGAGGGAGUGAAGGCCAAUAUUUGGACAUCAUUAACAGGAAUGGCCACUGGGGCGCUACUGGGGGCUCUACUGGGUUUGCCUGUUGGAGCAACAAUAGCAGUAUUAUUGGUAGGCUCACUCAUGUUGAGAACAGUUUUCAGGGCAGGAGCAGGUGUAAUAGCAGGGACAGCAGGUGGGGCAGGAGCAGGUGUAACAGCAGGGACAGCAG